AUGCACGUGUUUAUAUUUUUGACGAGUUUUUGCAUGGCGAAUCACGAUGCGUUAUGGGAAAAAUAUAUUGUGGAAAUAGAGAACACGAAUUUUGCUGAUUACGAAAAUUUCGUUUCCGCUGAAGGCUUCACUUCUGAGGCAUUUAGAUAUGGACCCAUAUUCACACGCUUUCUGAUUCGUGGUGAUCGAGAUAAAAUCGUCCAAAAAGACUUUGUUAAAACAAUCGUUGAUUAUGAAUCCUGUCAUCAUCGUGCCUUCGGAGAACUAGAACCCUCGCGAAAAAAUGUUGGGAACGGCAUUAAUAUCAAUUUGACGACAACUGAUCUGCUUGGAGAGUGCGAAUGGGCGUGUUUUGUAACAGAAUCCUGUACUGGCUUUUCAGUAUCAGCAAUUUUCGAAAUAUGCGAGAUCUUCUUUGAAGAGGAUCUGCAAAGCACAAUUUAUGUCGGUUUCGAAGGUAAAAGAAUCAUCACUGGACCAUAUUUUGAAUUCUCAAAUCCUUGUUCGGGUUCGAAAGGCUCCGAUGUAAAUUAUGACGACGAUGACGAUGGCGAUGGAAGCGAUCGGAAUAACCAAACUUAUGGCAAUCAUAUUUCCGUGGACGAGGAUGAGUUUUUCUUUGGCGACUUAAAAAUACCAGAAAAGAUAUUUACUGAUUUACUGAUCCAAGAAAACAACGAGAAAGACGCGGCGAUCAUUUUUUUUAACGGAGAAAAAUUUGAUGCGGUCAACGACGACCUAAAAUAUCUUUGCAUAAAUGGCUUGAAACUUGAGUACAUCAAAGAUAUCAAUGGCAUCUAUGAUUGUGACUGGUUCUUUGGAAUCGGAGAAAAUACAACUUUUACAGAUGGCGAUGAAGAGAAGGCAUAUUUCUUUCUUUCGACGGUGGUCGAUUUUUUUGGCGAAGGUAUUCUCGAUUGUCUGGACUCAAAGAACUUUGUUUACGCCUGGAACGGAAUAACAGGCGGCUAUAUUUGUGAAAAUUACCAUUUGAACUUCACCAUCGAGUUAGAAAAUCCAUUUCUUUCCGAGCUCCAUGUUAUAACGCCCAAAAACGAAUCAGCCGCGAAUCUAACGAGCUUCAUUAAUGAGUUUGAUACGAUUUUUUACAAAAAAGACGACAAUAUUUUCGUGAAUGUUGGCUGGCUCGAUUUCGAAAGCGGAAAAGAGCGUUGUGAUCAGAAUGGAAUGAGCCUCUUGAGCAAAAUCAGUCAAUUGGAAGACGUUAUAGAACUUGUAACAUCUAAAAAUCUUGAUGAAAAUCGACGAAUUUGGCUAAAUCUGAAAAAUGAGAUUCUUGCUGACCCUAUUUCUGGAUUCAAUUUGAAUUCGAAGAACAUUUUUGUCAACUACAAUCAAAGCUUUUAUUACCCAGAAGAGUCUGAUUUCUCUAACUCCUGGUGCGUUGGCGCCUAUUCGGACAAUCAAGUCGAUUUAGGUGUUGCUGAUGGACUCAGAUAUUCCAGAACAGAAUUUCUCUACAAACUCGAUGAUGCUCUGGUUCUUUCAGCGUCUUUGGGUGUCGAUAUUGUUACCGAAUUAGAAGUUGACUUAGAAGAUUUAAAGCUGUUUCUUGAGAAGAACCCUGAUCGAGUUUAUAAAGGCCAGGAAUUUGAGGGAUACAAAUACUUCAUCUUCAGCAAGUCAAUUGAAGGCGGAAAUUCUAUUCAAACUGUGAGUACGAGUCUUCGACUCACUGAUUUCGAGGGAAUUGAAAACUUCUGCGGGGAUUCUUUUGGAUGUAGCCCGGAUCCCGCUGACGAACAAAGAAUGAAGGACGAAAUUACAAAUUCUACUCUCGAAGCUCUUCCUGGCAGAGACAUCACCAUCGAUUUCAAAAGCUGGGCGCGUGGCUCUGUUGUUUGCGACUAUGAUAUUGUCGAAACUGUUCCGCUUGCGCUAGUUACUGACACUUAUGUCUCCCCGAUGGAUUCUUUUCUAGCGUCGAUGUCGGUUUUUGACAAAUUUGGAGUCGAUAAAAACUUUACCGAAGGAUUCACUCAGGCAUCAGAAGUAAUCGAGUGCAAGACGGGCUAUUUUGCUUGCGACUUCGGAAAUAUUUUAAAACCCGGUGCACAAGUGAAGAAAAAGUCUGCUUGUUUACCUGAUGUGCUCAAAUGCGAUGGAAUCUUACAGUGUCCUACAGGUUUUGAUGAAGACGGCUGCGCCAAAAUAGAAUUCCUAACUGAUUCAAUACCUCUCAAGCCCGAGGGAGAGUACGUUCUUUACGAUGGUUAUAUUUGGCUAGCCUCUACCGAUUUCAGCAACGCACAUUAUCCUGGAAGUUCUUUUCAAUCAUGGAAUUUAAAAACAACUCCAGGGCUUGCUUUUCUUGCGUCAUUUAUCCACUUCAACACGGAAUAUGACCGUCAUAGUGGAUCUUGCGCUGAUAAACUGGAAUUCAAGCUUCUAAAUGGAGAAGCUCUGUCUUUUGUUUACGAAUUCUGCGGUGAUAUGGAGAGCGCAUCUGUUCCAUUUGUUCCUCCAAGAUCUCUUCCGAUUCUUUCGACUGAAGUAGAAAUCGAAUUCGAGUCUGAUGCAUUCACUGACUACGACGGUUUUCUCAUUCCUGUUGAAUGGGCGUGUGACGGUGAAAUUGACUGUUCUUCUGGCGCUGACGAAUCUGGUUGCUCGGUUGGCUCCCAUCCCAAAAGACAUCAGCACUGGUCAAACGAUGGUCUGGAGAAACAUUCCUUCCUUUAUGGAGAUUUUACCCCCAUCGAUUUGAUUGAAAAUGAUCUUGAAGCGCUUGCUAUAUCAGAAAGAGCAGAAAAACUUGGACUUUCUAAUGAUACCUUCUCUUGUGGUAAUUACACGAUGCAUGGCAUCUUCGAAUGCGACGGAUUUGUUGACUGUUUACUUGCUGAGGAUGAGCUCGCAUGUACUGAUACAUUUCAAGAAGAGCUUGUUGACCUGGCUGAAUCGAAUUCGCUUCAAAUGUUGGAGGGCGUCAGUCGAUUGAAAGUGAGCUCACCUUUGACUUCAAUAUCGAGCGAUGGUUUUCCAAAUGAGAAUCAGAAGAAUUUUCGCUCUCUUCUAUACUUAUCUGGACCAGUAAAUAGCAUCUUCAUCAUCUACCCAAUUCAUUUCUAUCUUCCGAGUGUAACUGGAUGUCUCUCAAAUCGUCUUGACAUUCACGAUGGUGGGUCUUUGACAGAAAACCUUAUUUGGUCAUUUUGUUCUUUGCCAUCGAACAUACCAGCCAAGAUUACGACUAAGACAAAUGAAAUUGUUUUGAAUCUCAAAAUCGACUAUGGUGACUCUGGAAAAUUUCUAUUUUUGAUAAAAAAUAUCGAAGUCUCAGGCGCUUACAACGAAACAGAGCCAAGUUGUGAAAGUUGGCCUGUUCAAUAUUUAAGAGCUUAUCCGAAUUUGUUUAUUAACUCGGACGAUUCGACUUGUAAACCGUUUGCUGGAGAUGAUUAUUGCUUCCAGAAUGGAACGCUUGAAUCCUGUUCCCAAGGUGUCUCGUUCGAUUGCCCACCGACAACACAUCAGUGCUCAUCGGGAACACAGUGCGUUCCCUUCAGCAAGGUGUGUGAUUUAAUUCCAGAUUGCCCAGCAAGAGAUGAUGAAGAAUCCUGUCAAUUUAACUCUGAAGCUUUUGAGAUUCCAAAUCUCGUGGACUCGGACGCUCGAUUGAAGGCAUUUACACCUAAUGCUCAACAGAACGAGUUUAUUCUGCUAGCCCUUUUUGAUCUUUCAGCGAGCAAUUCUACUGGAGAGCUGAAUAUUGACGGACAAAAUAUGAGCUUGAAUAAAAACCUAUUGUUUGUUAACGGAAAUAUUACAUCUUUGGACAUUGCUUCAGACGGUCAUGAGCAUAUUCAGCUAAUCAAAACUUACGAGAGCUAUACCGUCCUCGAUAAUGUCUUUACAAACUCACUCACUGAUCAGAUCAUGAACUACGAAUCCGGGAAAACAUAUCUUUAUAGCAUUCAAAGAACACGAUCAUUUACUUUGUCCUUCAAUCGCUACAAUAUUGAAGCUGUGAAAUCAUUCCGGGGAAAUUCGGAAUUUUGCGUUGACCAAUUAUUAGUUUUCGAUGACGGAAUACUCGUUGAAACCAUCUGUGGCGAAGGCGAGGACUUUGAAAUAGAUAUUUUGUCCGGCCAGGCGACAAUUUUGCUUAUUUCUGACAGGCCUGGCAAAUAUGAUUUGAGGAACACGGAUAUGGAUAGAUUCAUGUCUCUCGUUUUGAAAAACGAGCUCAAUUGCUGUGCUGCGGACUGCGCAAGUAGAGUCACUUGUAGCUGUCCUGAUGACACUGGGUUCUUUGUAGCGUCUGUUAGUGAAAAUCAAGUGAAAAGAAGAUCUCUCCAAAGCCAAUUUGAAAGCGUUAUUCUCAACAUGGAUUUUGUGAACUGCACACUUGGAGUUCCUUCUGAAGGCUGGACAAACUGGAUGAGCGCUGUUACUCCAACAGGGAUUCAACUCGCUGGCGUUUAUGUUUCCGGCGGAGAAGAGGAGUCAACUUCUAACUUGCGGAAUUAUUAUUCUUUUUGUCCAUCCUCGAACAUCAUCAAUGUUGAGUGCAGAGCGAAGAGUGGAUCCCCUCUUCAUAAUUCCGUACAAUGCUCAAAAUCAGGUGUCUUCUGUCUCAACAGAAAUCUAGCCGGAAAUCUAUGCGAUGACCAUGAGAUUCGCUUCUUCUGCGUUUGCGAUGUUCAAGCGACUUUUGAAAAUACAACAUCUUGUUCUGCAGGAUGGGACACACCGCAAACUACCUCACUCGACCAAUUAAGAACAGAGGAUUUAGAAUCAAGGCUAAAAUUUCUUAGAGGGAUCAAUUGCAUCAACCAAGCGGGAACUGAUCUUAGCGACCUUGAUCAAACUGGAUUCAACCCGUCGUUUUCAUGCAAUCUGGCUGAUGGAUACAGAUGUGCUCAAAAAGCUCCAUGUCAUCCAUGCCCGCCUGUGCAAGUUAAACUCUGGAAAAGUUGCUCUGAUGACGCAAAUUUUACAUAUUUUGAUGAUCUGAUCAUAUCGAAUGAAACGUCAGUUGUCACUCAAGAAACAUUUCUGGAUCCAAAGCAAUGCUACUCUUUCAGCGGCACUGAUAGACUUCUUGGGAAUGUUACAAAGGAAAUUUGCGAUGGAAAUUGCUGGGCAAUCAGCUAUUUUGACGACAAAAAGGGCCAUGUUUGGGACGAGUUAGGAUGUCAAAAGUCUGAUUGUGUUCAACAAUACAGUCAAAGUGACUGUUUCAGAGCAACUUCCGCCGGCAAUGGUCAAAUUUGCGUUCAUUGCUGUACUACUGAUUUAUGCAAUUACAAUAUCAGGAUUGGUUUCAUUUUAAUUCGCAAAAUCUGA